CUGCCCAAGGUGGAGAGCGAGCCUGGCUGUGACGCGCGGCCCUCACGUGACCCGAGGCUGCAGAGCAGCGCCGCCUUGGGUGCAGUCGUCACUCCCAUCUGGCCACCAGCUCCCUGCUGCUGUGCGCAGGGCGGGCUGGCAUUGGGCCCGGGCCCAGCGGAGCAGGUCGGAGAAGCCAAGAGUUGCCCUGACGCAUCUCACAGCGACUAUUGAGAGGAGGAGGACGCAGCAGGGAUAGGCCCAGAAUAACAACCUGAAAAAAAAAACUCAUCAUGGCAAAUAUCCACCAGGAAAACGAAGAAAUGGAGCAGCCCGUGCAGAAUGGGCAGGAAGAUCGCCCUUUGGGAGGAGGCGAUGGCCAUCAGCCUGCAGGAAAUAACAGACGCGGACAGGCUCGCCGUGUUGCCCCUAAUUUUCGAUGGGCCAUUCCUAAUAGGCAGAUCAAUGAUGGGAUGGGUGGAGAUGGAGAUGACAUGGAAAUGUUCAUGGAAGAGAUGAGAGAAAUCAGGAGAAAACUUAGGGAGCUACAGUUGAGGAAUUGUCUGCGUAUUCUUAUGGGGGAGCUCUCUAAUCACCAUGACCAUCAUGAUGAAUUCUGCCUUAUGCCUUGACUUCUGCCAGUUUCCAUGAGAUUAAUACUGUGAUUCCCACUGUAUCCCUUUUCCUUGCAUUUUCCUGACAUGCCUUUUCUGAUCUCUUGUGAGCUUUGUGUAUUUCCUUGUGUUGGAUGGGUCUUGUGUUGUCAGCUUCUAAUUGGAGAUUGCCUUUGCACUCAGUGUAAGUUUCUGUCAACAGUACGGUUUUGCCCAUUUGCAUGGAAAAUGUAAAGCUAAUAAAGCAUUGAAAAAGCAA